UUUCCUUCCUUUUUUCCCUUUCUCCUCACCCCCUUCAGCCUUCGGAUACAACUUACAGACUCUACAGCACUAUCAAGCUCUCAAAAAUGUUUUAAAUCAUCAGCGGCAUAUCAUCGGCAAUACGGCAAUUAAAAAUGGCAUCUUUGAAAUUAUUAUAUCAUUCUUUUUUCUCAGAGAGGUUUUCCAUCCGAGAAGUUCUAGUAAAUAUUGAUCACGUCUGAACGCAACAACUACAACAUCUACUUUCAAAUUUACACUUCGACGUCUUCCGGAUCUACAGUGGUGAUGGUUGACGAUCACAAUAUGUCAGUCUUUGGAACUGUCAGACCCGGUGCUUUUGCGUACCAGAAAAACAAUCUACUUUCACCGAAUCAGCAGCACCAGCAGCGUAUGGGCUGUCCAUACUGGGCCGCAGCAGACAACAUCUCUGCCGACUCGCUGUGGACGAACGUGCCGCAGCCUGCUCAUGACGUCGCGUCCGCGAUCCAGAUGGACGAGGACAUGGUCUCUGAGCCGUACGACAACGUCGACAUGCCUGAUCUGUACGGCAGCGAUUUCGACGACGGCGACGAUGACGAUUACGACGAAUUCGGCGUCGGCGACGUGUUGCUCGACGACAGCGCUGGCGUCUGGCGCGUGGGACGACCUGAUCUUGCUGCGGGCGACGAUGGCCAGGACACAGGUUCUGACGAAGAGAUGGAGAUGUCAUGGCAGCAUUCCCCGCCGAUGAACACUGUCUUCACGGCUCCCUCGGCAGCAAUGACAACCUCUCAAGAAGUCUCCGACGAGACAGACCACACUCGCAUGAACCUGCAGUACAAACGGCAGCUCCUCAUGUGGAGCCAGCACCACGACGCAGACUCUAUGCGCGGUGGAAUGAUUCCUCCACCCGAAUGCCCUUACUCACAGACUAUGGGCAUGUCGCCCUCGUUGACGAGCAAGCGGAAGAGACGGUUGAGCUCGUAUCAGUAUGAACCUGGUAUGCAGAGAAAGCGUCUCAAUGCUAGUGAGCGCUAAACCGAACCUUGUGCGUGGGUCCCGUUUAUUUUCAAUUUGCUUUUCUUGAUUUUUCGUAUCGUGUUUAUGAGGAUGAAGAGAAAAUGAGGAGAGAAAUUCAAAAAAAAAAACAGUUUGAUAUU